AGUUGCAGACUGUAUGCGAGCUCUGGCAAAGCGUCUGAGGUCCUUCACCUCGCUGCCGUGCGCUUCUCUUUCGUUGGGAGUUUCUUGCUUGUCGUGCAGCCGCGACCAUGGCCAGUCUAGGUAGCAGCGGGGGUUCUGGGGGCCUGAUUGGAGUUGAAGGAGAUGCAGACGUGGGGCUUCGAGGAGUCCGCCGUUCAGCUUCUGAAGGCGGAACUGCUGUGCUCGAAGGCCGCAGCAGUCGGGGAGCAGCUCUCGCUCGGACGGCGGUCCGCACCUCUAGACGUCUGUUUCUCUCACAAGUCUCCGUCAGUGAGAGGUUGCUUCUGCCGCUGCUGAUGGUGGCUAUAUGCUGCCAUCUGGACGGGACACUCAGUGCUGCAGGAAGAGGAGGAGGACGGGGGCUGAUCAGAAGUGUUGAAGCCGCUGUUGAAGCCGAGGGUCAUUUCGCAGGACCGGACCCAUCGCCCUUCACUGUCAAGCGUUCGAGUGAGCGGUUCUUGCAGGCUGCCGGUAGUAGCGCACCUGCGUCCUCUCCUGUGGAACCCGAUGUCCCUCCCUGUGUCACCAUCUUGAACACCUCGGUUAUCACGGCCUGCACACCUUUGCUCGAGCACCCAGUGCCUGACGCACUUCUUGAGGUCGCGAAUGAGAGUGAGUUCUUGUUCGCAGCUUCAGAGUGCUCUUCCAGCAUCUACAACAUAGUUGUGCGUCCCAACGCCUCCGGGCUGUACUACCUGGUUACUGACGUAUGUCGCGCAAAGGACUUCUACAGCGUGACUUAUCUCCGAUCAAUUAUGGCAGUCAGCUUCGAAGGCAGCUCAGGCAGCAUGGGCAGCCUCUCUCCGCCAGCUCAGCAAUCGCAGCCCAGUCCUCUUGUACAGGUCAGUGUCCUCAGUUAUGUCUGGCCUUUCGCCAGUCCGUCGGGCCCCCCUCCUGCUUCUGCACCUAUUGCUGAAAAUAGGACGCAACUAGAAUCGCUGGCCAACAUUUACACUGCAGCUCUGUCGUCUGAUGGAAGCCAUCUGAUCAUGGCUGCCUACCCCUCUCCACCAACCGAGACAUCUUGGGUGGUCUCCUUGGAUGUCAUCUCUGGAGUUCGCUUCUCCACUCCAGUGAGCCUAGGAACGGUCUACGGCCUGGCUUUCAAUCCCAACCACACGGCACUGUACAUGGCGGACUCCCUCAUCCCGCCCCGGAUUUUCGUGGCUGAGGUCGCUGGUUCGACUCCUCUUCUUCCUGCUUCGCUGAACACCUCCGUUUUCCUUACGCUCAGUCCUGGCAACUUCAGCAGCCCAGAGUUUGGCCCCUACAGCUUCGCGGCAGACGGCAGUUGCCUGUACUUCAUGGACAGCGGCCGAUACAGCGUGUGGGCGCUUCACAUAGCCUCUCGCAAACUGAUACCUCUCUCUGGACGCGAAGUUUCCUUAUCCGUUGGAGAUCUGAUGGAGAUUGCCGUUACAUCGGACGGUCGUAAUCUCUUCUUCACAGACUUCGUCGGCAAGCUGCAUCUCAUCACUCUCGACUCUGCGUGUGGCAAUCCUCUUUCCUACCAGAUCGUUGCCAGGCGGCUGAGAGCGGGCAUGUGGGGCUUGGCAAUCAGUCCUGACGACAAGUACUUGUACGUAGGAACCAUAGAUGGCCGCAUAUUAAAGCUAGACAUAGGCCAGCUCCCCUAGAGGCUAGACCCACCUUGCUUGGCUCAGCCUUGCGGUUGCCCAAAGAUAGUCCCUCCUAUUAUUAUUAUUGCGAGAAAAGAAAAAAAAAUUAAGUCCCUUAAGGUGGUGGGACCUUACUUCAUCCUUCCUGUCAAGUGCAAAUUUUACGUUGACUUGCCUAUCGUGACUCACGACUCACCCAGGUUAGCCUGACUGAAUCUAGCCUUAUUCCUGGGCAAAAGGUACAAUGUAGUACUGAUGUUAAGUAUGGUGGAGUGGGGGUGGGGUAACCUCAGUAGAGUCACAAAAAAAGGAGUUAUAAUUGCACUAUGGGGAAAGAUACAAUUUGCAAUUGCAUUUGGGGCACCCUACCUGGCCAGAAAGCUGGGUUGUGUUCAUUUCCCGAACUUCAAUUUCAAACUGCACCUUGGCCCCCAGUGCAAUUACAACUCACAAGUUAAGUACAAUAUUAAGGUGGCACUAAGUGCAAUUAUAACUCACAAGUUAAAUACAUUAUUAAGGUGGCACUAUAGGCUGAUUGGGAAGAACUCCACGUUCAGAAGAAAGCUGCUCCGCUAAAGCUGCAGUGAAAUGGUUUCUUAGAAGAUGGGGAGUUUGUGAUGGACUGUGUAUGGUUGCUUUGCCGGCAGGAGCAUUUCCUACUUUGUUUUUUUUUUAUUUCUUUUGUGAACUUGUAAAAUUGCGAGAUUGUGUACUUGUAAAUCUGUGAAUUUGCGACCCUCUGUGACCAUUUGUACUUAAUAUGUACGAGUUCCGACUGCAUAAUGCCCUAGUAUCAGGAUACUUGACCACUGUAGAUAAGUGCCUGGGGAUCUUUUGACACUCAGAUAUGAUAAUCAGACAGGAUAUGGAUAAUAUUAUUGAAUUGGAAACCCAGAUAGGAUAUAGUUAGCCUUUACAGGAUGGUAAUUUUCUUUUGUGCCUUGGACAAGUUGGUUUUCCUCCUUUUUUAGUACUGGGGGGGGCCUGGGUGUCGGUAGCUGGAUGACUGUGGUUGGGGAUGGGAUUGGCUGGAAUUGCCUUCCCUAGCCUUGUAUGGCUGCAACAUUCAUGUGAGGGACGCUGGGCCCGUUUCCCGGCUUUAAUUGA